GUCUCACUUGAGCAGUGGAGCUUUUUGAAGAAAAAAAAAUUUAACAAAACCAAGCUGUUAGAGAUGACGUGGGCUAAGUUAGCCAACUUAGAUACUCUCCACUGGUAUUGUGACAGACUAGAGCCCACAACAGCUGCCCAACGCUAUGACCGUCAAGUACACCAAUACAGCAAGAGAAGGGCUUUCAUCAAGCAGCAAGUUGCGAAGAAAAAACAAGAGGAGACUCAACCCCCUAAGGGGAUAGGUUUGGCCAACCCAUCUACCAAAAGGAAGUCAUCGAAGAAGACUGACCAUCUUUCAAAAAAGCCCAAAGUUGUCCAUGAGUCCAUUGUGGGGUUAAAGGCUGAGACCAAGAAGAUGGUCACUCCGAUAGGUCCAGGAAAGGGCAAGGGACUCAUGAUGGGCCCUGUCCACACCGAAAAACCACCCGUCCUCCUCUGUGAGGCCUCUAAGUAUACGCUGGAGCAGCUCUCGUCCAUAAUCACAACUGACGACUAUGAGGACUUAAGCAACCAUGCAACAGAAGCUAUGGAGGAAACGAGCCUUUUUAGCAUUGCACAAGCGAUGCUAAUGAUGAAAGGGUUACCUAAACCACGAGCCAGCGCUAAACCAUGUUAGGGCGAAGGCGAGUUUGACAGAAGAUAAGCUUGCUGAAUCUGAAGGCUUGGAAGACGGUUUAGGAGAAGAAGUUAGCUCUGUCAGAGCAAGUUCGAGGUGAGUUGGAGAAGCAGACGGAGGUACUACGGCAGAUUCUUGAGGAUAAAGAAAAAGAGAUCCAAACUGCCAACAAUCAGCUCCGUCAGGCCAAGGAAGAGGCGACGCAAGAGUAUCACGACUCCGACGCUUACUUGACAAAGCUCGGUGGUACUUAUGCAGACGGCUUCGACGACUGCCUCCAUCAAGUCAAAACUUCUUUUCCAAACCUAGAUUUGUCACAUGUUACUAUUGACGCCCAGGCCCAAACCUCAGUUCAGCCCGUUCACUCUGAGAACACAGAUGAAUUAUUCGCUAAUCAUGCCCUUGUUGACAACCUUCUUGGUGAUGGAGAGACUGCUCCUAUUGAAAGUCAAAUCAAACUCGUCGAUGACAGCACCUGUCAACCUGAUGAAGUUCAAGUUGUAGAAGAGAGAGAUGAGGAUACUCCCGUCCAGCAGUAAUUUUUUUAUUUUUUAUUUUUCAUUUUUUUAUGGCUAAUAUGU